AUGGGUACCGCUAUGGGAAGCCCAGUCGCCCCCGCGUACGCAGCACUUUUUAUGGGGAAAUUCGAAGAGGAGUUUUUGAAAGAUAGUCAGCUUAAACCGUCAUUGUGGCUUCGUUUUCUAGACGAUAUUUUUAUGCUUUGGGAUCAUUCUCUUGAAGAACUUAACACAUUUAUUGACAAAAUCAACAAUGUUCACCCAAGCAUUAAAUUCACCCACACCAUAUCUCAACAAUCUGUUUCGUUUCUUGAUGUUCAAGUAUCAAAAGGAAAAUCGUACGAACUUCAAACUAAUGUUUAUGUAAAGGAAACUAACAACCACCAAUAUCUUGAUUAUACAUCCUGUCAUCCAAAACGGUGUAAAGACGGAAUACCCCACAGUCAGGCUAAGCGUUACAGGAGAAUUAUAUCCGACGACGACGUGUUCUCUACUUCACUGAGCAAACUACGAGAAUUCUUCGUAAGUAGAAAUUUCCCUGAGACGGUUAUAGAUUCAGCGUUUCUUCACGUGUCACAGAUGUCACAAGAGGAUGCCUUACGGCCACAAGAUAAAGAAAAGAAAAACGUUCUUCCAUUUAUUGUGACAUAUAAUCCGUCCUUACCUAAUAUUGGAAAUACUAUUCAUAAAUAUUGGGACCUACUAAAUCUGUCAAAAAACGAAGGUGUUAAAAAUAUUCACAAUAACUACACACCCAUAAUUGCCUAUAAACGUCCAAGAAACUUACAAGACUUUAGUUAG